CUAUGUUGCCGCGUCGCAUAGUUUACUAAUAUAUAACCAUUAGUUCAACUGCAUCGUAUACUACCAUUAACAAAUACAAUGAUGAUUACUUAAUACAGUAUUAUUUAACAACACUUAAGUAGGAUAUUAAGCACCGUAAUGCCCUCCAUAUACAAUUUGGUAUGGCAGAGUGGUGGUUACUUUCACUCGUAAGACUGACUUACAAACAUAAUUUUCAACCCACUGUUUCUUUUGCCGUUCUUAAAAUACCAUUUACUUUUGGCAAAUACCAACCUUCCGGUAAAUUCAUUAUGAAAAUUCGGAGUUUAAGUUGUUUAGUGUCCUUUUUUAUAUUCACAAUAAUUUGCAUGUUGGAUAAACCCAUUUCAACGGCUGCUCAAGAACCCAUUUUUGAAUUGCCGGUGGAACUUGUUGGGUUUCCUGUCAUUAUUGUGGCAGUGCGAUUGUCAAAUUUUGUUAAAAAACUGGCAUAUUCAUUGAAUCCAAACACUUACGUCAGCAAGAGAGCGCGGAGAAGCCUAACUAAUGAGGAAAUGAUUAACAUGAUCGAAGCAGAGAAACGACUUGUGAGUGAACUUGGUGACAACGUAUGCAUUUAUCCUAAAGUUUGCUUACAUCAUGCGGAAAAAGCUCGAAGAACCGGAAAACAGGAAAUACAAGUUGAUUGGAAUGAUGUGUUUGCAAACUACAAGUCAUCUGACGAGAGGCAGAAGGAGUUUUACCUUCUUAGUGUAUUUCUAGGCGAUUUCAUAGCAUCUCCAAGAUUUUGUAAUCAACUUGUGAAAAGAGGUAGAGGAUGCAAGGACUGAGCUUUCGAGUUUUGAAACUCAUCUAUACUAUGUAAAUAUUAGAACUUUAAAAUUUAGAAAGAGUUGAAAUUUUUAUUUAUGUAAAUAUUCCUUUGAAAUAGAUAAGUACCUACUUAUUUUAUUAGACUGUAUUCCGACAACCGAAAUUACUUGUUGAUUGGAUGGUUGACUUUGCAAUUACCGUACAUCCCCUAGUCAAUGACUUUUUAUUACUUGAACGUUCCCAGAUUAAUUACGUUGCGCAAGAUGAGGCACAUAAUAUAUGCGAUAAUUAACUGCAUAUUUAAGUAACCAUAAAUUUAUUGUUGCGGAUACCAAUUUGGAUUAUGUUAAGAUAAUGUCGCGAAUUAUUUACCACUUAAUCGUAUGUAGAAUAGGUUUUAGGCUUUGAUACCAUUAAAAGUGAUAAAAUAAAGGUCUUUAUAGCCGA